AUGCUCAAAGGUGACGCCAGCUUUCGAUCCCGGACCCUACGUCGAGUGCGCCUGAGCUUCGCAAAACAAUUGCAAUCUGCUCGCUUGCAUAUUGAUUCCAGUUGCGAAACAACAAUGUUGCGGGAAUGCAUUCGUUCAGUCUCGUCCAUAUCACAGUCGCAGCCUUUCGACCGACAAAUUGCAGUAUUUAAGCUGCGUAGGUGUUCUUGCGCUGCUGCCGCCGCUGUUGCUGCUCGGCGUUAUCGUCGCGUUCGCACCCCUCGUGGGUCUGCGAAAGCUACCUCUUCAAGGGUAGCCAACAAAUGGUACGUCUCUAUUGGUGUGGAGAAACCAUUGGUGGGUCAGCAGCGAGGCAUCGUUGCGAUAAUCCAGGAAGGAAAUGUGGUGGUUCAGGCCCAAAGUGGAACGGGGAGAAGGGUUACGUUUUGCAUUGGCACCCUGCAACGCAUGGGUGGCUUCAGAAGAGAAAUGCAUACACAGGUUCUCUGCCUGGCGUCCACACGAGAACUGUCAUCUUCGAUCCACCAGGUGGCAAGUGCACUGGCCGAGUACCUGUCAAUCAAGUGUGCGCCGUGUUGGGGUGGAAAGAAUGACGUCGGUGAGAUGUCCAAAAGUGUUGACGAAUCAUGGAGCGCAGAUUGUUGUGGGUACUGCAGUUCAGAUAGUGGGUAG